AUAGAAGUUACACAAAGUGGAUCAUCUUAGGAAUCACUUUGCCUUUCAUAUAAAUUAAACAAGCAGAAAGUGUAAAAUUUGAGGUUGACAGAGCUUUGUUAUCAUGAAGAACCAUUAUAAGUAUCUUUACUUUAUGCUGCCAUUUUUCUUGCUUCCCCACUACCACCAGUGUGUUAUUCUUGGAGAAGAAGAAUCCAAAAUUCUAGAAGAAGUCGUUGAAGAAUUCAAAAAGUCUCCAACAGAUUCCAAAUAUGACCAUGUUGUCCAUCUUCCCAUCAACAAAGCUCAUUUGAUCCCCAAGGUCUUCAUAUGGUGUCCCUUGAUGCACUACAAUAUAGCUCUCAGAUGUCCUGUGUGUAACAGCCCUUUGAAAGUUCAAAGUUUUGCUAAAGCAGUGAAUUCAUUGAAAAGCAAAGAACGUGCACCAAGACUUAUUUAUGACAUUGGUGGUAACAUUCUUCUUAUCCAGACUUAUUACAUAUGCUUGAAGAAAGAUAAACAUCAUGCAUACAUGUCAGCAACAUCAGAAAUCCUGCAAAAACUUCCUAGAAAUAUAGCAAAAAGACUGCCUUUCAUUCUUCACUACAAAAGUGGUUUUUCCAAUGAUCUUCUUGACUUUCUUCUUGUUUCUGUUAAUAUGGGACACACUUUUCAAGAGGUCACAGAAUUGAUAGCAACAAUGAAUUAUCGUAAGUUUGUAGAGAGAAAUAACCUUGCUGGAGUUGUUGAAGUGAACAAAAGCUUCCAAGACAACAUUCUGUACUCAUUUACCAGUGGAGACAAACUCAUGCAUGUGUUUUUGUGUGAUUUUGACCAAAAAAAGGAAGCAUACAAGAAAUGCUUAAACAGUGUUUCAUGUAACACUCUAGUCAUUGACACUUCAUAUAAAAUGGAGAAAAAAUGUAAAGUUAAAGGGCCAGCCAUUGAUUCAUUCCAAGAAAUGCAUCUAGAUAAAUUGUUUUUAGGUCUGAAUGAGAAUGGAGAAGUGGUUUUGUGGAAGCCCAUUAAAGCAAAAGGUUUUGAAGAUAUCAAGGAUGCUCUGCUACAAUUCAAACACAGACUAGAUGCAAACAACCAAGAACUGAACACUAUACUGGCAUCUGACUGCUGUGUAAACCGGGAAGCUUAUCAGCAAGUUUUUCCCACUGUUGUAGUAAAAAUGGGUAUAGUUCAUGCAAUCAAGUCAGUGACGGAUACUCUUCCUAAAGAGCAUCCUGACACAAUGGUAUUUGCACACAAGUUACUACAGAUUUUCAGUAGCUCUACAUCAGAAGACCAGCGAAGUGAGGAAACUGUUUCACCUCUAGAGAUUGAAGCUAAUUUAGAUAUUCUUUUAACGAACUGGAGGAGUCAGCUAUCAGAAGGAACAAUGGAUGCUCUUGAUACUCUACGCCAACAUAUAAGACAGGGAUGUUUGUCAGGAAUUCCACCAGGAGAGGGCACAGAAAAGAUUGAUGCCUUGCAUAGGUAUAUUCAUAAGUCGUUCCUUGCUCGUGUAACUGUUAUUACUCCUCAAAUGGCCUUUGCUAUUUUUACUUGUCUGGUAUAUGCCUGGAAUUGUAAGAAGCAAUGUAAAGAUUUGUUUAAAGGAAAAAAGGUGAUUCCGGUGAUGCCAAUUGAGGCUUACGACAUAAAAACCAAGCCAAGCACUAAUGACGUUGUUGAUAAUAGCAAGAUUGAUAUAAAAGCAUUGGCAGGUAACACCUGCUCAGGAGUAGAGCCUUUGGUGAUUGAAUGUUACCUUGAGAGCGAAAGCAGUUGCUCGAUGCUUGUAAUAACAGCUGAUGUUUUGGAGUUCAUGUUCAUAAGACUUCUUCAUAUUCAAGAUUUGAUCAAUGCCUUUAAAGAAAAGUGCCAGAAAUCUUUUGGUGUUUCAGAGAUUCCAAUUUUUUCGUCAAGUUUUGGUGUUACACCAUACAUGAAGGUUAAUUCUCAAUCAAGUGAGCAAGACAUUAACUCAAAAACAUUACACAAGAAUCUUGCUGAAUAUGGCUUACAACUUGACAAAGUUCCAGGCGAUGGUAACUGCCUUUUCAGAAGCAUUGUGUGUCAAAUUGAAAAGCUUAAACCAUCCUGCCCAGAACUUAGAACGUUUUUGGAGUCACUUGGAAUGGGCAAAACUCAAGACGAAGACACCACUAAACUGAGAGAACUAUUUGUUUCUGAAUUGCAAACAAACUUUAUUGGUUAUAAAGAUUGGAUUGAUGUGUCUAACAUGAACUUUGAACAUGACUUGAAGAAAUUUAGUGAGGAAGGUUUUUUUGCAAGUGACAUUGGGGAUCUGUGUAUCAAAGUUUGUGCAAAUGUUCUACAAGUUCCAAUCAUCGUAAUACCUUCAUUAGCAAAUGUCAAGUUUAUUCCUUUUCUUCCUUCCAAGUUUACAAGUGCUUAUCCUGUUUAUAUUGCCUACAAUCAUUCAGCACCUGGCCACUAUGAUGCUACAAAUGAAAUCCAAGUACCAAACCCAGGACAAAACAAAUGCAGAUGUGGAAGAAGGAAAAAAUACUCAAACGAAUCGUCCACAAUUUCAUGCGAUCCUAAAGACACCAGAUGCCCGUGUGUUUUGGCCAAACUUCCUUGUGUGUACUGCCAGUGCUUCAACUGUCAGAACAAACCAGUGUCAGGAACUCCACUGUCCUGUAGGUGUAACACUAGCCGUAAGCGUAACGACAAGAGUGCAUGUCUGAACAAGGAAAGAGCGUCAUGUUGCUGUGCGAAAGCAGGUCUUCCUUGUACAACGAAGUGUUAUUGCAAUGGCUGUGGCAACGGGAAGCCUGAAGAGACACAAGAGAAUGUUGUUGACGGAGAAACGCCCCGAAAGAAACGAAAAGGAUAUAAGCUCAAGCCAGCUCUUGUCAAAGGAGAUUCCGAAGAAGUGACCAGGAACUCCGAAUGGACUGAGCAAGAGUUAAUUUGUUUGAUGGUAUGUAAGGAAGUUCUCGAUGCUUGUAAUGUAGAGCAGAAUGUCCAUAACGUUAGUCAGGUGUACAGCUACAUUGCUAAAUCAAAGAACAAUGCUGACUUGGGACUGUCAAUCUCGGUCAAAGACCAGGGAGAGAUCCAAAACAAGCUGCAAUUUCUUCGAACUGGUAUUCCCGUAGUUACGGACCUUGUCGCAAUGACAACUAAUACAGUUAUGACUGCUUAGUAAACGACGUUUUUGUCACGGUUGGAAAAAAACGUAAAAAAGUAUAUCGUGUUUUUAAAAACACUUGACCAGGAAACAGAUAUCAGCGUUUUAUUCACAGUAGAAAGAAUAAUUCCUGAAUAUGGUGUUAUUUUCCGUGGUUUUGAUGAUUACACUUUACAUUAAAUAUUGUGGUUUUAAAAAC